GUGAUUUGUCGUUCACUUCUAUUGUGGUUUACGUUUGUUUGUUAUUAACUGGAUUAUAAUAUUGAAAUGAUUUUUUGAUUUAAUUACAAUUUGUUUAAUAAUAUUAGCUAACAAUGGCUAGUUCUUCUGGGUAUGAAGCAAAUAAAGUUUGUUGUAAUGCACACCCAGAUGCAGUUUUGAUAGAAGAUUAUCGUGCUGGAGACCAAAUAUGUUCAGAAUGUGGUUUGGUUGUGGGAGAUAGAGUAAUAGACGUUGGAUCUGAAUGGCGUACAUUUAGCAAUGAAAAAAAUGGAGUAGAUCCUUCUCGUGUUGGUGGACCUGAGAAUCCAUUAUUGAAUGGUUCCGACCUUUCUACCAUGAUCGGUCCUGGGCGUGGAGAUGCUUCUUUUGAUGAUUUUGGUAUCUCUAAAUACCAAAACAGGCGGACGAUGAGUAGUUCUGACAGAGCAUUGAUCAAUGCAUUCAAGGAAAUAAACAGUAUGGCGGACCGCAUUAAUCUCCCUAAAACAAUUGUUGACAGAGCAAAUAAUCUCUUCAAACAAGUUCAUGAUGGAAAAAAUUUAAAAGGACGAGCUAAUGAUGCUAUUGCUUCUGCAUGCUUGUAUAUAGCUUGUAGACAGGAAGGUGUUCCUAGGACUUUUAAGGAAAUUUGUGCCGUCAGUAAAAUAAGUAAAAAAGAAAUAGGAAGAUGCUUCAAACUCAUUCUUAAAGCUUUGGAAACCAGUGUUGAGCUUAUUACUACCGGUGACUUCAUGUCUCGUUUCUGUUCAAACCUUGGCCUGCCUAUAAUGGUUCAAAGAGCAGCAACACACAUUGCAAGAAAAGCUGUGGAAAUGGAUAUUGUUGCCGGAAGAUCUCCUAUAUCAGUGGCGGCAGCUGCUAUUUAUAUGGCUUCACAGGCUUCUGAAGACAAGCGAAGUCAAAAGGAAAUUGGUGACAUUGCUGGUGUGGCCGACGUUACAAUACGACACUCUUAUAAGUUGAUGUAUCCACAUGCAGCUAAAUUAUUCCCUGAUGUAUUUGUUUUUACCACUCCAAUUGACCAGCUUCCUGUUAUGUGAAUCUGUAUUCGAAGUUUUGUAAUAUUCACUGGACAUUGUACAUACAUUUUCUAUUUAAAAUAAGUUACAAAUAACUAUAUUGGUACUUAAGAAUUUAUUACCACUUAAUUUAUACAUUAAUUGUAAAUUUGUUCAAUACUGGGUAUUUCUGUUAGCUUUAAUCUACUAUACCAUACCCUGAACUAAAGCAGCGUGUGACUUUUGCACAACAGAAUUUUAAUUCUUAAAUUUUCAAAUUCUAUGAUAUCUUAUAAAAUUGAUACCUUAUGUGGACUUUUGCACAACAGAAUUUUAAUUCUUAAAAUUUUCAGAUCUUAUGAUUAUGCUACUACCUCUUCUUAAUUUUUAACCAAUUAAGUGAUAUAUUUAAAAAGUCAGGAUAGCAUAAUUCAAUCUAUAUUUGACAAUUAAAUUUUUGUAAAGAGAUAAAAUCCCUAAAGAAAGUAAAAUCCUGGUUAACUCCGAUGAAGUCAAAAUUACACCCUUUUGUAACUUUUUUUUUUUUAAAUUGUUCAGUAUUCGACAACCAUUUAAUAUAAAUAAGUACUUGUACUUAACAAGUUUGUAAACUAUAAAUAGUGGAAAAAAACACAGCAUCCACUGAUAGUUGAGCAUCUGUUCAAAGAUUGCAAAAUUUGAUGUCAAUGUUAUGAAAAGCCAAAUAAUUAUCUAGAAAAUUAUUUCAGGUCAUAUUGACUUCUCUUUUGUAAAUUAUUUAUCUUUUAAAGUUGAAUAUAUUGUAUCAUUUGUUUUUAUUAUUGUACUUUAUAUUAAUUCUUCAAGUAAUUGAGGAGUAUUCUAUCAAAAGUUGAUGAAUCUGAUUUUGUGAAAAUUGAUUUUUUUUCUUAGAUUAAAAUUCUUUAUUCAAAACUAUAA